AUGAGUGUGUUGGGGUUCAUGAUGGUGUGUGUGUUGUGUAGUCACCGGGACGCCGUGGCUCAUGAGUGUGUUGGGGUUCAUGAUGUCACCGGGACGCCGUGGCUCAUGAGUGUGUUGGGGUUCAUGAUGUCACCGGGACGCCGUGGCUCAUGUGUGUUGGGGUUCAUGAUGGUGUGUGUGUGUUGUGUAGUCACCGGGACGCCGUGGCUCAUGAGUGUGUUGGGGUUCAUGAUGGUGUGUGUGUGUUGUGUAGUCACCGGGACGCCGUGGCUCAUGAGUGUGUUGGGGUUCAUGAUGGUGUGUGUGUGUUGUGUUGUCACCGGGACGCCGUGGCUCAUGAUCACCGGGACGCCGUGGCUCAUGAGUGUGUUGGGGUUCAUGAUGGUGUGUGUGUGUUGUGUAGUCACCGGGACGCCGUGGCUCAUGAGUGUGUUGGGGUUCAUGAUGGUCACCGGGACGCCGUGGCUCAUGAGUGUGUUGGGGUUCAUGAUGGUGUGUGUGUGUUGUGUAGUCACCGGGACGCCGUGGCUCAUGAGUGUGUUGGGGUUCAUGAUGGUCACCGGGACGCCGUGGCUCAUGAGUGUGUUGGGGUUCAUGAUGGUGUGUGUGUGUUGUGUAGUCACCGGGACGCCGUGGCUCAUGAUCACCGGGACGCCGUGGCUCAUGAGUGUGUUGGGGUUCAUGAUGGUGUGUGUGUGUUGUGUAGUCACCGGGACGCCGUGGCUCAUGAGUGUGUUGGGGUUCAUGAUGGUGUGUGUGUGUUGUGUAGUCACCGGGACGCCGUGGCUCAUGAGUGUGUUGGGGUUCAUGAUGGUGUGUGUGUUGUGUAGUCACCGGGACGCCGUGGCUCAUGAGUGUGUUGGGGUUCAUGAUGGUCACCGGGACGCCGUGGCUCAUGAGUGUGUUGGGGUUCAUGAUGGUGUGUGUGUGUUGUGUAGUCACCGGGACGCCGUGGCUCAUGAGUGUGUUGGGGUUCAUGAUGGGUGUGUGUGUUGUGUAGUCACCGGGACGCCGUGGCUCAUGAGUGUGUUGGGGUUCAUGAUGGUGUGUGUGUGUUGUGUAGUCACCGGGACGCCGUGGCUCAUGAGUGUGUUGGGGUUCAUGAUGGUGUUCACCGGGACGCCGUGGCUCAUGAGUGUGUUGGGGUUCAUGAUGGUGUGUGUGUGUUGUGUAGUCACCGGGACGCCGUGGCUCAUGAGUGUGUUGGGGUUCAUGAUGGUGUGUCACCGGGACGCCGUGGCUCAUGAGUGUGUUGGGGUUCAUGAUGGUGUGUGUGUGUUGUGUAGUCACCGGGACGCCGUGGCUCAUGAGUGUGUUGGGGUUCAUGAUGUGUGUGUGUGUUGUGUAGUCACCGGGACGCCGUGGCUCAUGAUCACCGGGACGCCGUGGCUCAUGAGUGUGUUGGGGUUCAUGAUGGUGUGUGUGUGUUGUGUAGUCACCGGGACGCCGUGGCUCAUGAGUGUGUUGGGGUUCAUGAUGGUGUGUGUGUGUUGUGUAGUCACCGGGACGCCGUGGCUCAUGAGUGUGUUGGGGUUCAUGAUGGUGUGUGUGUGUUGUGUAGUCACCGGGACGCCGUGGCUCAUGAGUGUGUUGGGGUUCAUGAUGGUGUGUGUGUGUUGUGUAGUCACCGGGACGCCGUGGCUCAUGAGUGUGUUGGGGUUCAUGAUGGUGUGUGUGUGUUGUGUAGUCACCGGGACGCCGUGGCUCAUGAGUGUGUUGGGGUUCAUGAUGGUGUGUGUGUGUUGUGUAGUCACCGGGACGCCGUGGCUCAUGAGUGUGUUGGGGUUCAUGAUGGUGUGUGUGUGUUGUGUUGUCACCGGGACGCCGUGGCUCAUGAGUGUGUUGGGGUUCAUGAUUCACCGGGACGCCGUGGCUCAUGAGUGUGUUGGGGUUCAUGAUGGUGUGUGUGUGUUGUGUAGUCACCGGGACGCCGUGGCUCAUGAGUGUGUUGGGGUUCAUGAUGUCACCGGGACGCCGUGGCUCAUGAGUGUGUUGGGGUUCAUGAUGGUGUGUGUGUGUUGUGUAGUCACCGGGACGCCGUGGCUCAUGAGUGUGUUGGGGUUCAUGAUGGUGUGUGUGUGUUGUGUAGUCACCGGGACGCCGUGGCUCAUGAGUGUGUUGGGGUUCAUGAUGUCACCGGGACGCCGUGGCUCAUGA